GAAGCCUCUAGGAAAUGCUCAGAGUGAGUUGAAGCACUGUUUGGAUGAGCGGCAGGGUGGCAAAAAUCUCACUGGGUGGGCGCUGCAUGACUUUGCACUCUUCACUGAGGACACCUUGACGCUGCCUCUAAUCUAUCACGAUGUCCUGAAUAAAGCCAAAGGAAGUGACGCUGAUGCUGCCCAGCCAAUCACUUCCCAAUGGGACAAGAUCCCGCUCCAGGACUCGGUCAAAAGGCUCUCCUAGCGAAGAAGUUUGCUCGUGCAAACAGUAAACCAACCAUUUCCCCUACCGACCAGAUGCAGUCUCCCUGUACACAAAAGCUCUCGGAAGCCAAGCAGAGGCACUAUGGAAAGGGCAAACCCGCGUCGCUCGCUCAGUCCUUUGUGGCCAUCCGUGAAAGCUCUGGAGCAUCUUCAAAUCCAGGAAGCAAAGCAGACUUUUGAUUCAAACUCGCCCAGGAAAAUGAUACCCUGAAGGUGUAAUAAACGUCAGUUCUAGUAUACCCACCUUCACCUUUUGGGGCAAAAGACAUUUGGCUAUGGACUGAUCCAGUACAUUGUACAUGUUUACCGAUAGACACGACGUUUCAAUUCCGAAUCUUUUGGUUUCUUUGGAGUACUUUGGCUUCCUCCGACUCGCCUCAGCACCACCGACCGAUAGCCAAGUCAGAUCAAUCUGGCAAAGGGGCCAUCGUGACCUCUCAUGUGGUCUGAUAGGAAAUUCCCUGUCCCUCAUACCAGCACGAAGAUGCAUGUCUACGUUCAAGCUUGGCAUGCCACCUCAUAC